GAUGCAGGCGGAAGUACAGCGUGCGUGCUCAGUGGCGGGUCGCUGUCUACGCUCCGCGUGUGCAGUCGCGUGGGCCAUGGGGCGGCGGGCGCGGGUCCGGCGGCUCCAGCAGCCACCGCAGCCUGAGGGCGCUGAAGACGGCACCGAGGGAGGCAGGAAGCGCGGCCAGGCGGGUUGGGAAGGUGGAUAUCCCGAGAUAAUAAAGGAGAACAAGCUUUUCGAGCACUACUAUCAGGAACUCAAGAUCGUGCCUGAAGGAGAGUGGGACCAAUUUAUGGACUCACUCCGGGAGCCACUCCCAGCCACAUUGAGAAUCACUGGAUACAAAAGCCAUGCAAAAGAGAUUCUCCAUUGCUUGAAGAACAAGUAUUUUAAGGAAUUGGAGGACCUGGAGGUAGAUGGACAGAAAGUUGAAGUUCCACAGCCUCUAAGCUGGUACCCUGAAGAACUUGCCUGGCACACAAAUUUAAGUCGAAAAAUCUUGAGAAAGUCCCCACUGUUGGCAAAGUUUCAUCAGUUCCUGGUUAGCGAGGCUGAGUCUGGAAACAUCGUCCGCCAGGAGGCUGUCAGCAUGAUCCCCCCACUGCUGCUCAACGUUGAGCCACAUCAUAAGAUCUUAGACAUGUGUGCAGCCCCUGGAUCAAAGACCACACAGUUAAUUGAAAUGUUGCAUGCAGACAUGAGUGUCCCCUUUCCAGAGGGAUUUGUUAUCGCAAAUGACGUGGACAACAAGCGCUGCUAUCUGCUCGUCCGUCAGGCCAAAAGGUUGAGCAGUCCUUGUGUCAUGGUGGUAAACCAUGAUGCAUCCAGCAUCCCUAGACUUACAGUAGAUGUGGACGGAAGGAAAGAGAUUCUCUUCUAUGAUCGGAUUUUAUGUGAUGUCCCUUGCAGUGGUGAUGGCACAAUGAGAAAAAACAUUGAUGUUUGGAAGAAAUGGACUACCUUAAACAGCUUGCAGCUCCAUGGCCUUCAGCUUCGGAUUGCAACUCGAGGUGCUGAGCAGCUGGCAGAAGGCGGCAGGAUGGUGUACUCCACGUGUUCUUUGAAUCCCAUUGAGGAUGAAGCAGUAAUAGCAGCUCUACUGGAAAAGAGUGAAGGUGCUCUUGAGCUUGCUGAUGUAUCUGCUGAGUUGCCAGGACUGAAGUGGAUGCCUGGAAUCUCACAGUGGAAGGUCAUGACUAGAGAUGGACAGUGGUUUGCAGACUGGGAUGAGGUUCCCCAGGGCAGGCAUACGCAAAUCCGACCUACUAUGUUCCCACCAAAGGACCUGGAAAAAUUACAGGCAGUGCAUCUAGAGCGAUGCCUUCGAAUACUACCACAUCAUCAGAAUACUGGAGGGUUCUUUGUGGCUGUACUGGUGAAGAAAGCACCAAUGCCAUGGAAUAAGCGUCAGCCAAAGGUACAGAGUAAGUCUGCAGAGCCCAGAGAGACCGCAGAGUCCAGCCCUGUAGCUGCUGCAGAGGGGAAUUCCAGUGGAAGUCAGGUGAUCACUGGAGCUGCAGACUCAGAAGGAACACACACCACUGAGAACACCGAGAGCACUGAGAAGAAAGAUGGCGUGUGUGGCCCUCCUCCAUCAAAGAAAAUGAAGUUGUUUGGAUUUAAAGAAGAUCCGUUUGUAUUCAUUCCUGAAGAUGAUCCUUUAUUUCCGCCUAUUGAGAAGUUUUAUGCCUUGGAUCCCUCGUUCCCAAGGAUGAAUUUGUUAACCCGAACUACAGAAGGGAAGAAGCGGCAGCUUUACAUGGUCUCCAAGGAGCUGAGGAAUAUACUGCUGAACAACAGCGAGAAGAUGAAGGUCAUUAACACUGGAGUCAAAGUCUGGUGUCGAAACAACAGUGGUGAGGAGUUUGACUGUGCAUUUCGUUUGGCACAGGAGGGGAUAUAUACAUUGUAUCCAUUUAUUAAUUCAAGAAUCAUUACUGUGUCCAUGGAAGAUGUGAAAAUACUGUUGACCCAGGAGAACCCAUUCUUUAGAAAACUGAGCAGUGAGGCCUACAGUCAAGUCAAGGACCUAGCAAAGGGAAGCGUUGUGCUGAAGUAUGAACCAGACUCUACGAAUCCAGAUGCCCUCCAGUGCCCCAUCGUGCUGUGUGGGUGGCGGGGAAAGGCCUCUAUUCAAACUUUUGUACCUAAGAAUGAGCGGCUUCAUUGUCUCAGGAUGAUGGGCGUAGAGGUGUUGGGAGAAAAAAAGAAAGAGGGUGUCAUUCAUCCCGAUGAGAGUGUGGCCAGCCCAGAGCAGCCUGAAGAUGAGGAGGGUUCUGAGCAUACAGCGCAAGAGGCCUGUGUCCCAGACACCGUCCGUGGCUGUGACCCGGCUGCAGCUGAGCCAUCCCGGUGAAGACAGCUGCACACACAGAACUGGUACCAUCCCUUGGUAUUGGAGGUGAAAUCUAGACUGUCCUUAGCUUUGAAAUGUAUUAAGACCUGGAAAUGGGUGGGUGGCAGCAGUCUGGGGAGAGCUGUGUUUUCUAGCAUUUAGGAAUCGCUUUGGCAGAGUGGAUCUAUGUUUCUGCUACUAAAGGCUAAUGUGGAACAGCCUUUGCAGAAGUUCAGAUCCUUUGUUGGGCCAAUACUGGCCUCAUCUUUUAAACUUUAUUUAUAGUAAAUAUGUAUACCUCUUUAGGAAGGAGCUCUGCUUUAAUACUGUUUGGACUGCACAUUGGUGUGCCAUGUGAUGAUGGUGACACAUUCAUGUGCCAUGUGUGGUGAUGCUGACACCUGAGGCCUCAGGUGAUUUCUGUGCCUUUGUGAUAAAGGGUGAAGUAAGCCAUCCCAGCGCGAAGACUGGUGAAUCAUGACAGCAGUUUUGGGGUCCAUUCUGUGCUUAUCCAGGAGGUGCUUUAAGUGGGGUCUAAAAUAAAUAAAGAGCUAUUGUAAUAGUGUG